ACAUUCAACUAACUAUUUAAAAAAAAUAAUUUAUCCAUAAAACAUGUAUAUUAUGUAAUUUUAUAUGAAAAAAUGAAUAUAAAAAAAAUGUAUACAAAUUUAUGAAAAUCACUGGAUAAAAUAUUAAGUAAUCCUUUCUUUUAUUAUUCUUGUAAAAAUUAGGCAAUAUAGCAUUUAAAAUAGUUUCAAUACUAUAAUAUCGAAGAAAAAAUAAUUAUUGUAAGACUUUCUAUACCUUAGAUAUUAUUAUAAAGUAUCUAACAAUGUCCUACAUAACACAUCAAAAAACUGAACGCAAUUUUUAAAUUAUAUAACUGUAUAAAUUAAAUAGAACCCAAUUAUUUCUUAUUAUAUAAUAGAAAUGUUGUCAGUAAGUAUAAAUUAUAUUUUAUUUGAAUUAGAAAAGUCAAAUUUAACCACCAAAAAUAAUCUUUUAUACUAUAAUAUAAUAUUUCUUGUAAACCAAUUAUAUAAGUAUGUAAAUAUUUUCUUUUUACGCAACACAUAAUAAAAUAAAACUAAGAAAAAUACAAAAUUGAAAAAAAAAAUCCAUAACUAAUUUAAUUUUUAAUUUGCGUUUAAAAAGUUUUUACGUUCUAAUAUUUAUCUUCUACCAAUUUUACUUUAAUAUUACGUUGGUUAUUAUACAAUAUAUUAUUAUAAAUAAUUAAUUAGACAUAUUGAAACUGAUCCACCCCUAUUGUAAAAUGAACAAUGACAACAAUAAAAAAACCUGUAUUCACUGUUCAUUGUUCAGUUUAUCGACACUCUAAAUCGAAGUUUUUACAUUUUACUGUUGCUUAUAUUGUAUUAUUUCAACAUUGCACUUUGUAAACGCAUUGAAAACUUUAUAGUCACUUUUAAAAACUAAAACAGAAUAAGUACUCAACAACAUGGCAUCAAGUAAUCAAUUUGUAACAUUUAAUAAUGGUGAAAAAUAUCCAAUUUUAGGCUUUGGAACGUGGAAGUCAAAACCUGGCGAAGUUGAAGAAGCAGUUAAAAUUGCGAUUGAUACAGGUUAUAGACAUUUUGAUUGCGCAAUGUUUUAUGGAAAUGAAAAAGAAAUAGGGGAUGCUAUUAAUCAGAAAAUUGAUGAGGGUGUAGUAGUUCGUGAAGAUUUAUUCAUUACUAGUAAAUUAUGGAAUAUUUUUCAUCAGCCUGAUAUUGUUGAAACCGUGUUAAAAAAGACUUUAUCAGAUUUACAAAUCGAAUAUUUAGAUUUAUAUUUGAUUCAUUGGCCUAUGGCUUUCAAAGAGGGUGGAUUAAAUGAUGAUUUUAUUCCUAAAGACGAUAAUGGCGCAACAAUUGAAGGUAAUGGUUCAUAUAUUGAUACAUGGAAAGCUAUGGAAGAAUUGGUAGAAAAUGGUCUAACAAAAUCAAUAGGUGUAUCAAAUUUUAAUAAAAAUCAAAUACUACAAAUAUUAGAUGUAGCUACCGUGAAACCUGUAAACAAUCAAGUUGAAUGCCAUCCAUAUUUAACCCAAAAAAAAUUAAAAGAAUUUUGUGACGAACAUGAUAUAAUAUUAACUGCAUAUAGUCCACUAGGAAGUCCAGAUAAUCCAUGGAAAAAACCUGAAGACCCAACUAUCUUAGAAGAUCCCAAAAUUAUGGAAAUUGCAGAAAAAUAUAAUAAAACUUCAGCUCAGAUAUUAAUAAAAUAUCAAAUUCAAAGAGGAAUUAUGGUUAUUCCGAAAUCUGUAACUAAGAGUCGUAUUGAAUCCAACUUUGAAGUAUGGGACUUUGAACUUGAACAAGAGGAUAUUGAUCAAAUCGAUACAUUUGAUUGCAAUGGUCGUUUUGUGCACAUGAAAGGGAACAUGCAUUUCAAGGAUUAUCCAUUCAAUGAUGAAUAUUAAGUUAAUAGUGACUCAGUAUUUUAUAAAAUGCACAUUUACUUCUACAAAAAAAAAAAUAUCAUUCCUAAAGUUCAUUUUUAAAGUUUUUUUUUAUUAUUAUCAAUAUGCAAGGCAAAAUAAGUAGUAGUUAAUAUAGUAAAAAUAUUUCAAAUCAAAUUAAUAUCAGAUAUAUAAAUGUAUUAUGAUGUUUUUUUAAGAAAAAAAAAUCUAAAUUUUCUUAGACAUCUAAAUAUAUCUAAAAUUAGUGAAUCCAUGAUAAAUCGUAUGAAUUUAUGCUAUCAGAAUACAAUGGAUGUAGCUUACCUAACACAUUUUAGUUUUUUUUCUUACCUACGAGAUACAGGCAUGUACCUACCGGAACUGAUUGGUGUAGCCGUGUAGGGAACGACUUGCCAUAUCUAAAUUAGUAAAAUUACAAUAUAAGCACUAAUUAGUAUUUAGGCUUAGGUUUAGAUUAUACAUACGUCAAAAAAUUAAUAGUGAUAAUGAUGAUUAUAUUGAUAGGGAUAUUAUUUAUGAUGUGUCUAGACGCUGUAGGGAAACCGUACCUUAAAUAAAUGAUUUAUAGAUUGACAAA